UAUUAACACAUUCAUGCUAACAACGUAGGUAUACGUCGAAAAUCAAUCUAAGUGAUGUAGCACAUCGUUUUAUCACGCCGAAAUAAAAACAUGAGUAAAGCGUAGAACGUACAAGAACGUUGUAUAUCCGUAUAAAAAUCAUAAAACUACGUACUAGCGCCACACCAUAUCUAAAUCUCGGACUUCUAGCGCCACUGGAAAUGUGUUUUAUUUCAUAAUGAUUCCCAGUCACUCACACAGUUACAAGUACCCACACCACAAACGCACAACGUCAUCACACGGUGACCUUUGUACGCGCCGCCAUACUGUCAGUAAGGCUGUUGCGCUCGCAGCGGGAACACGACGCAAACCAAUUACGCGCGAAAUCACCGUCAUGGAAAGUAAGAGGAAAUCUAAAAAAAGACGACCCAAAGGAAAAGACAAAAAUGAGACCUGCAAUAGAAAAAAUACGACGAAAUCUAUUGAAAUGGACACGGAGGAGAAACGACCACAACGGACGAACAAGGCUUCAAUGAAAAUGUUUGAAGAUAAUGUCUCGUCACGGCAAAGUACACCAGACCCAUGUAGCGACGAUGGAGAGUAUGGCUCCGAUGAAGAAUAUGAUCCUGCCUCUGACGAUUCAGACAGCAGUGUUGUUAGUGAUUUGGAAUUUUGUUGCAGACGCACUAAACCAUCGUUGGGGAGCAGGUCUGAGUCUGAAGUUGGUACAGAUAAUGACGAUGAUAACGAAACCGAUUCGUUUUCGGAAGCUUCAAGUAAUAGCAGUAUUUUUGACUCUCAUCGCCGCCACCGUUAAGCUC